AUGCCGGCUAUCGAGGCGGAAGAGGCCCUCAUGGCCGAGCUGUUCGCCGACCUCGACGCCAGCUGCUUCACCUCGCCGCCCUCGUCCCAGCCACUCGCCACAUCGCAGGGCAGUCGAGCACGACCAGUACAUCCUCCAAAACGUGUUAAGCUGGGCACGCCGUCCCCGCGACCUCAGACUCGCACAGACCGACUCCCUCGACCCGUCCCUUCCUCGAAAUCCGCGCCGUCCUCUCAGCCUUCACAACCCGCUCCCUUCUGGGACAACCCCUUCGCACAUCCUCCACUUACACAACAGUCGCUCGCCGAACGCGACCGUCGCGAAAGAGCCAUCGGAGUCGCCCCUUCUCUCCCUCGAGAUGCUGGGCGGAAGGUCGUGGGAAGAAACAGGGCGCACCAGGAUCCGCUGGCGGAUCAGGCUAUCAACGCGGGUAUGAAACGAGGGAGGGAGGAGAAGGACGUGGGGAAGGGAAGGGCGGUCAAGCAUGUUGCGGUCGAGAUUGAGGGGAAGGAGAAUGCAGAUGUCUUGCGGCGCGGUCCGCUGAGGGAGCGGAAGCCGCUUGUGUUCAAGGAGCAGGAGGAGAAUGAGAAGCUGCACGCGUCAACUGAGGAGAAGCCUCGCGUCGACGAAUUCGCCGAUAUGCUCGAGGAUGUCGACUGGGACAAGGAGAUGCUCGCGUUUGACGAUGAGGCAAAGGCAGUGCAUCGAGACGAGAAGUACAUUCCGCGCAGCAAGCGCUACGUUCGAUGUCGAGUCGAGGAGGUCGUCGAAAGCGUUGGCGCUUCGAGCCGGCCACAAAAGCUCCUGACGGUCUCGAGCAAAGCAUUCGACGACUUGCGGCAAGUCGCUCUGUGCGACGAUUGGGUGGACACGCCAGUCGUGACAGGCAAGGUCAAGCUACACAUGUUCGCUCGCCUCGCGCUAACGCUCUCGCAUGCAGGCGACAUCGUCAACCUGGUUGGCGACUUCAACCUCGCCGCUAAAGACACGCCUCUCCAGCUCACCCGCUCGCACAGCCUGCUCAUCCUCCACCCUGACAUCCUCGUCUCCUCCACCAAAGUCGCCGACUCGUCUCACUGCACACGCAAAGCCGUCUUGCAGGAGAUCAUUCGUACGGUCGGCGGCACAACUCCCUCCCUUCUUUACGGGAACAUGCUUCACUCGCUCAUGCAGUCGUGCAUGAUGGAAGGUCGAUGGGACGACGAGUACCGCCGUGGCAAGAUCGAUGAGGUUGUCAAGGAGUACGGCGGACAGCUCUGGACUAUCGAUGUCGGCUUCGAGAAGGCGAAGGAGGAGCUGCUGAACCGGAGCAAGGACCUUGAGGCGUUUGCGGAGCGCUUCCUUGGCGAGAAGCCGAAGGUCGACGCCUUCCUCUCCGACCCCCGCGCCCUCGACACCGCCCGUUCCCGCUUGGCGAUCAACGCGACCCUCGAUGUCGAAGACGACAUCUGGUCACCUCGCUUCGGCUUGAAAGGCAAGAUCGACGUCUCGACACUCGCGAACGUGGUCGACUCGGUCGGCUUCUCGCGCAAAGGUACCGCGCCUUUCGAGAUCAAGACCGGCAGGACCAACGCAGGAAUGGAGCAUCGCGCGCAGACGAUGCUGUACACGUUGCUCAUGAGCGACCGCUUCGACGAAGACAUCGAUUCCGGCCUCCUCUACUACACCCAGUCGAAUGAGGUCUUCCGCGUCCAAGCCGCUCGCAACGAGAUCCGCGGCCUCAUCCUCGCUCGCAACCGCUUCGCAACCUUUCUGCACCGGCGGAUGACCCUCACGCCGAGCGGUUUCGUCCCGCCUACGCAGGCGUCGCAGUCGCACCCGGGCAGUCCUCGCCCAGUCAAGGACGAGCCAAGCAUUGGCAAGGAAGAGGAUGAGGACGACGCGCUGUGGGGCGACGCCGACUUUCCCGUCUCCUCGCAGGUCGAGGGCGCCGAGCUUGCGCUUCUCCCGCCGCCGAUUGACGACGAGCGUUCGUGCAAGAAGUGCUACGUCGGAGAUGCGUGCAUGCUCUAUCGCAAGGCGGUCGAUGGCGACGACAUGAUCUGUGACGACGAGACGGACCCGCUCCAGCUCAUCUACGCCGAGAAGACCGAUCACGUCACUGCAGCGCACGCCGAGUUCUUCAAGCAGUGGGAGCGGCUCAUCAGCCUCGAGGAGCAGGAGCUCGUCCGCUUCAAAAAGGAAAUCUGGACACUGCAGGCGGAGGAGCGAGAGCAGCUAGGCCGCUGCUUCGCCAAUAUGGUCAUCUCGGAGGUGAAGGCGGAGGAGCAGUCGAGCAAGACCUCGGUUCAUCGCUUCGUGUACCGCCUGCGCCCUCGAUCGCCGACCGAAUCAUCCCUCCUUGGCGGCUCUAUCUCGACCAACGAUCCGAUCGUCGUCUCGCUCGAAACGCCGUCCAUCCUCGCCAUCUCCCGCGGCUUCGUCCUGUCCCUCUCGCCGACCGAGGUGGUCAUUGGCGUCGACCGGUCGCUCACAGCCUGCCCUCAGUCGCACGGCACGGCCGUCGGCGAGCUUGUCUUCCGAGUAGACAAGGACGAGUUGGCGGCCGGCAUGGGUCGCAUCCGCGACAACCUCGUCCAGCUCUUCACGCCAGGCUCAGAUGAACGCCGUCGCAGUCUUGUUGUCGACCUCGCCGCUCCUCGAUUCCGCCCGAUCGCGGAGAUCAAGCAGGCCGCCCUGCCUUCUCACCUGAACGGCGACCAGCGGCAGGCCGUCGCGAAGGUCUUGACAGCCCAAGACUACGCCCUCAUCCUCGGCAUGCCCGGCACAGGCAAGACGACGACGACUGCCGAGGUCAUCAAUGCGCUUGCGCAGGCGGGCAGAUCCAUCUUGCUUACCAGCUACACGCACUCGGCCGUGGACAACAUCCUUCUCAAGGUCAAGGACGCCGGUCUGAGCAUCUUGCGUCUCGGCAACCGCGACAAGGUCCUCCCGUCGCUCCAUCCUUUCACCCUGACCUCCGAAGACUACGCUCACUCGCUCUCCGACAUCGACAACAAGCUGCUACGACCGCAGAUCGUCGCGACGACAUGUCUCGGCAUCAAUGAACCCAUCUUUGUUAAGCGGCGUUUCGACGUCUGCAUCGUCGAUGAGGCGUCCCAAGUCACGCUGCCAACCUGUCUCGGCCCGCUUCGCUUCGCCGACUCGUUCGUCCUCGUCGGUGACCACAACCAGCUUCCGCCUCUCGUCCGCAACGGCGCCGCUCGCAAGGGCGGCCUCGACGUCAGCCUCUUCAAGCGCCUUUCGGAGGCUCACCCUGACGCCGUCGUCAAUCUGACGCACCAGUACCGCAUGAACGGCGACAUCAUGUCGCUUUCGAAUGAGCUCGUGUACUCUGGUCAGCUCAAGGUUGGCGACGAGCGUGUCGGCGGGCGGAAGCUGGAAGUGCGGAAGGAUUUGGCGGAGUUAGGCGUCGAGCCUUGGGUGCGGGACAUCGUCGAUCCGGAUCGAAGCGUCAUCUUCAUCGACACGGACGCUUUGCCAGCGCGGGAACGCCGCAACGGCUCGCUGAUCGACAACCCCUCGGAAGCAGUCCUCGUCAAAAAGACGGUGUCGGCUCUUGCGGCAAGCGGCGUUGACGAGGAAGACAUCGGCGUCAUCUCGCUCUAUCGCCAGCAGAUCAAGCUUCUCUCGCGGCAGCUCUCGUCGCACCCCGACGUCGAGAUCCUGACGGCCGACCGAAGCCAAGGCCGCGACAAGGAGUGCAUCGUCCUCUCACUCGUCCGCUCGAACACUACUGGCAACGCCGGCGACUUGCUCAAGGACUGGCGCCGCGUCAACGUCUGCCUCACGCGCGCCAAAUCGAAACUCGUCAUCUUCGGUUCUCGCUCGACCAUCUCGCACGUCCAGCUCAUGGCCGACUUUGUGCGUCUAGUCGAUGCGAAGGGUUGGGUGUACGAGCUGCCUGCGAUCGCGGCCGUCGUGGUGGAGGAGGACGUCAAGAUCAAGCUCGAGGAAGAUGUCGAGGAGAAGAAGCCGGUCAUCCGGAAGGGAGGAGGAGCGCUGGCUCUCAGGUCACCUCUCGCCAGCGACAUCCUGAACAGCUUGUAG